AUGCGGCGCCUCGAUGAUGCCGGCGCCUUCCGGAUGUGGCGCCGUCGCCCCACCGCCCAACACCUAUCAGCAUCCCCGUCCCAAUCCGGCGCCUCCUCCUAUCAGGACCUCGACGCCGAGCUGCAACGCGAACUGAACAGCCUCGAAUUGAACGAUGAGGGCGUGAGAAAGGCGCUUCUCGUCUCGCAACGGCUCCCCGUCCACCCACGCCUCGACGCCAUCAACCAAAAGGGGCGCGAGUUGGAGAAGCCCACUACCGUACUCUCAUCAAGGCAUGGAAUCGAACCUACCGUAACCGAGCUGGAGACCGGCGAGUACCUGAUCAGCCACCAGUCGAGCGCGGCAGCGUCCGAGCCACUAUCGAAACACGAAAAGCUGCCCAACACCAGCCAAAAUGCCGAUGACAAUACCGUAUCCCAGUUCUUCGACGCCCCGGAGACGGCCACCGACAAGGAGAAGGAGGUCGACGCUGAGGCAGAAGAUGAAGAAGAAGCCGAACAUGACAACCAAGUACAGGUCCCGGGCAGCGCGCAGAUGGCCGAGAACAAGGACUAUCCACAAGACGAGGACCCCGAAGAAGACCUCGAAAUGACGACUCGCCCCCAAUUCACGCCAUAUUUAACCUAUUACAAUCAGAUGUGUGACGGUGAGGUGCUGGGUGCAUCGGGGGAUGAAACGAUGGCCACAGCAGCCGAGAAAUGCGCCGAAUUGGGAUGUGAGGCAGCGAAUGCGAGGCCGAUUGGAGGGGGGAGGUAUCAGGUGACAUUCCUUGAUGGUGUCCGGCAGCGUCGCAACCUCAUCGGCUCCUACUGUGUUUCCGGAAAGAAGAUUCCGCUCCGAAGAGAGAUCCGACGACAGAUGAGACACAGACGGGGUCCGUGGCCGGCACGCGCCAACCUCCGCAUCCGCCGCAUCGCCGAUCUACCGAAACCCUCCGCCCCACGCGACAUCCAUCUCCGGUACCGUACACACACGCAGCUGGUGUAUUGUGGUGCCUGUGAGAGUGUGUGUGUCUGCGUGUCUGCCACGCAACAAGCCACAAUCCGACUCCAGCAAGGCCGUUCGUACGCGGGAGGGGCCCGGUCGCCGUUGUCUCCGCACAGGCUUGUAUGGGACCUGACGUCCAGCGUCCCAUCAUCGUCUUCUGCCUACGACCUCCCUAGCGGGUCCGGGCCAUCUACAAAACUACUCAACCAAGCCCCCGGGCCACAAACUACACCUUUUGACGCGGCGGACCGUCGAAAGGAGCGUCAGCAGCCAAACCCGAAAAAUCGCCAGUUUUUCGGUGCCGCUAGGGAGGGUCGUCUCUUCGGCUGCAAAAAGCACCUA